AUUGAGUCAGAGUCUAUACGAGAAGUCAACAUGGCCGACCCACUUUCAGAAGCAUUUACGAAAUUGCUUUUGGAUUAAUUUGUUUUACGAUUGACGUCAAUUACAAUAUUUCGUCGUCUUUGGGAAACGUUAAUUCAUUUACGUUAUGUGUUUUCAAAAGUUUUAAGAUUAAUCAAUGGUUUAAUUUAUUUGUUUCAGAAUGAGCUGGAAUGAGCUGGAAGUGGGAUUAGUAGCGGCAACACCAAUGCUGUCAUGACUGCUGUAAACUCGGUCGCAACAACGCGGCUACCGUUGCCGACGUUUUCGCCGCGCACCGUGCUGAUGUACAGUGCGGCGGUUGGCGGCGAGGGCGCGGUGGCUCUGCAACUAAGAGAAGCAGCUCCUGGAGAGAUAGAUGCAGCGAGGCUGCAUGACGAACGACUUGCAAUCGCCUGCCAUGAGCCUGAACUGCUCGCUGAUCUGCUACACACUGCUGCUGACAUUGACGGCGAGCACGAUGGCCUGACUGCUCUGUUGGGAUCGGCUUCACCCGACUUGGCACUUGCCUCCGACGCCUCCAACAGCCUACCACUUCCUGACCACGAUAAUGAUUGCACGACGUCAUCCUCAUCGAGUAUCUUGGGCGGCAUCGCGACUGUGUCAGUUGCGGUGACUGGGCUGGAUUCGCGGCCCCUCUCUGUUAAGAAGGUUCGCCCAAAGCCCGCAUCCCCCAAUCGUCAGGGCCCACAACAGUGCCAGGUGUGCAACAAAGUAUUCGGGAACGCAUCAGCACUAGCCAAGCAUAAGUUGACACACAGCGAUGAACGCAAGUACGUGUGCAUCACGUGCGCGAAAGCUUUUAAGAGGCAGGACCACCUAAACGGUCACAUGCUAACGCAUCGCAACAAGAAACCGUACGAGUGCAAGGCGGACGGCUGCGGAAAGUCAUACUGUGAUGCGCGCUCACUACGCCGGCACACGGAGAACCACCACCAACCGCCACCUGACUCUAAUGCAAGCAGCAGUAUUAACGGCCACUCAGGUAGUGAUCGUGACUCGAAUUCCGUUCGUGUGGCAUCACCAACGUCGCCAUCCAGAAACAACCCCUUACAUUCAGAUUUAAGCAACGGCUCAGAGAAGUCGAAUGGUACAAUCACAAGCGGUAGCGGUAGUGGAGGCAGCAGCGACAGUUGCCCGCCGGGUACACCGCCCGCGCCAGCAACGCCGCCAUCAAGGUUUAGCAAAAACAAGAACAACAGCAGCAAGCCUAAAAGUUGCAACAAUGCGCAGCAGGGGUGCCAAAAAGGAGGGAGCGUCGGGAGUGGAAGUGGGGCAACAAGUAGUGCGGGUAGCGGAGCGGCUACGAUUGUGUCCCGACCUGGCGAAAUUAAACCAGUUGAAUGCAAUCUGUGCCAUCGCAAAUUCAAAAAUAUACCAGCACUGAAUGGCCACAUGCGUUUACACGGGGGAUACUUUAAAAAGGACUCUGAUAGCAAAAAAUUGGACAAGAAAGAAUCUUCCGGACCCCCGCUUCAAACUGCGUCAGUUUCUGUACGAGCGCUCAUUGAAGAGAAAAUCAUUAGCCGCCGGGGAGCUGUGACUUCCGCAACAACAGGUACUAGUGCCGACACAGUCACGACUCGAGCGAGUUUUGUUGCUCCAGCACCUCCACCGUUGUCAACGAUCCGUACAUCUACAGCUUCACCGGCUUCCCCAAUAACAUCCACACAAUUCGCACCUCCACGUACCCCAUCAGUAAUAACAGUAGCUACGAAUGUCGCGACUAGUAAUACGGCUACGAAAGACUCUACUCUCAUUGAAUUAUUAAAGAAAGGGAACACUAAGGUUGUAAAACGUUCAUCUUCUGACCCCGGACAAUCAUCACCUCAUCAAGAAUUUACAUUUCGCCCGGACCUAUUUGGUGUAUCAUUUAAUUCAGACGAUGGAUACUUUUCUCCAGCCCUUAACGAUGAUACUUUUCAAUUUGCAACAACACCAGAGCAAUUGGAGGAGCUCGCUGCGUUAGAAGACUACGCAACCGUAGCAGCUUCUAUUAUACGAGAGCGAUCGCCCGUUACGUUCCCGUCCAGUCGGCGUCUCGCUGCCGUGUUAAACUCACCUUUGCCCGAAUCCUUAGCUGAUUUUGGAGCUAGUCAUGGUGGAUCACCUGUACCAUCACCAGGUAUUGGUUACGCAGAGAGUUCGCCAUGCCUAUCCUACUCAACAGGGGAUUCUCCCGGGCUCGCUUAUAAUGCAAACUCGCCGGGUGGAAACUAUUCUACUCAACCAGAACCAUCACCUGGACUUGCUUAUCCUACACCCCCAGCAUCCCACGAUGCUCACUCACCUGCGCAUUCAGUGCCACGUGUCUCGUCACCUUUAUCAGCUGCUUUCUUUACGGCUACAAUGUCCAGUCAAGAAGAGGUGGAAGAAGCGUUAGAGGAAGUACUGCCAGAAGAAUGUAGAUCGUUAGAUGCCUACACACUGGAGCCUACUCCUACACCACGCCGUAUUAUGUUAAAUUCGGAAGAUCCUUUACUGUCGAGUAGCCCGCGUGAUUUUUCACACCAAAGGCACUUUCGUCGCCAACAUCGAAUGGGGUCUUCUUCUGCACCAAUGCAUCCAUGGCAGCAAGAUACUUCUUCAUUACAGGUAUGUGUGGAAGGCCGAGACAUUGUACCGGCGGUGUUUCUGAGUCCUUGCAGCGUUCCCGCGUCGCCCCAACGACGCAAGCGGCGCGCGUCCCCGGCCGGCCCGUACCGCACGCGCAUGCGCCGCGCCACCGCACACUAUACACCGCAGCCUAUACUGCCACCUGAUAGAGACGGCUCAGGACUCCUCAUAGAACUGAUGAAUGGACUUUCGAGUACGGAAAGCGACGUGAUAGCACACCUUGAAGAAACCCGUCCGCCCCAAAUUAAUAUUGGUAUCGAUUACCAAGCCAAUAUACCAGAACUAUGCAAUGACCGCAUAGACUUGCAUAAAGCACCGGAGCAGCUGCUUUGGGACCCAGGCAUUAACGAUGCUCUUGACGAUAACGAAGUACGCAUGUUUAUGGAGCUGGCGAUGUGCGCGGCAAUGCCGGUCGGUGGACACACAAGAGAGUUCGCCCUUCAGACUCUUGGCGAAUGUGGUGGCGAUAUCAGGGCAGCAACGUUGCGCCUCAUGUCGCGGCCCGCCGCUCCCUCGCAGCACGAGUCGCGGUGGACACCGGACGAAGUUGAAGCUUUCUUAGCCGGACUCGGACACUACGACAAGGAUUUCUUCAGAAUUUCGCAGCUGAUAAGAACAAAGGAUUCAAAGCAAUGCGUGCAGUUCUACUAUUUCUGGAAGAAAGUGACCAAAGACUACAAGCCGCUGUACUUGCGAAGCUGGAGCAUGGACCCGCUGGCCUCGUCUCAAGGUUCAGUAGCGCAGAUUAUGCACGGGCCGGCUUCGUGUACAUCGUCACCAACUUCUUACGAGGGAGAGGAAUAUCCGUGCAAGAUUUGCGGAAAAGUAUUUAACAAAGUUAAAAGUCGUAGCGCGCACAUGAAGUCGCACCGGCCACUCGACGCCGAGCCGAAAAGGCCAAAACUCGAAAAGCCUUAUGAAAAGGUCGAGAGAUCCGAUGACAGGCCCCACGCGACAGCUGAAUAUCAAAACAAAACGCACUCACUGUAACCAACCCCUCACUUGAUCAUAUCUGUGACCUCACACCGUCUAAUUG